UUUUUUUCUUGUUCACUAGCUUCGAAGAUUCUUUCGAAUAAUCAAAAAAAAAAAAAAUGGCGACGGUUCAGUUCUUCAACCAAUUCCCCUGCAAAACCCGAGUCCAAAGCUCAUCAAACUCAAAAACCAUCCCCAAGCCACAGCCCCUGGUGCAGAUGAGCACGCUCACUCGCCGUCCGUUGUUCUCUCCCGGAGAAUUCGCCGUUUCUCGUGCGGACAUCAGAGUCAGAGCCAUCGAUGCGGACGACGAGAGCGUUCCAGAGACGAGUGAGGGAGGAUCUGCUCUAUUGCUGGCGGAGGAAGCAAUCGAAUCGGUGGAAGAGACGGAGGCUCUCAAGAGAUCGCUGGUGGAUUCCUUGUACGGCACAGACAGAGGUUUGAGCGCAUCGAGCGAGACUCGAGCCGAGAUCGGAGAUCUAAUCACACAGCUCGAGUCCAAGAAUCCUACGCCAGCUCCUACCGAAGCUCUCUUCCUUCUCAACGGCAAAUGGAUCCUCGCGUACACAUCGUUCGUUGGUUUGUUCCCGUUGCUCUCACGAGGGAUCGUGCCGUUAGUUAAAGUCGACGAGAUCUCACAGACCAUCGACUCAGACUUCUUCACGGUCGAGAACUCUGUUCUGUUCGCUGGUCCGCUGGCUACGACCUCGAUCAGCACCAACGCCAAAUUCGAAAUCCGGAGCCCCAAACGCGUCCAGAUUAAGUUCGAGGAAGGUGUGAUCGGGACUCCUCAGCUGACGGAUUCGAUCGAGAUCCCGGAGUACGCUGAGUUUCUUGGACAGAAGAUUGAUCUUGCUCCGGUCAGAGGGUUGCUUACAUCGGUACAAGACACGGCUUCGUCUGUGGCGAGAACCAUAUCGAGCCAGCCACCGUUGAAGUUCGCUUUGCCAGGGGACAAUGCACAGUCGUGGCUGCUCACCACUUAUCUGGACAAGGAUAUUCGGAUCUCUAGAGGAGAUGGUGGAAGCGUCUUUGUGCUUAUCAAAGAAGGAAGCCCUCUCUUGAAUCCUUGAGUUAAUAGCUCCUCAUAAUCUAUCACCACCUUUUUCAUGCCAAGUGUUUGUCAUAGGUUUUUACUUUAAUCGUUUGUCUUAACUUGGGUGAUAUGGUAAUUAAGAAAUAAUGUUUGUAACUGAUAUACAAGUACAAAUGCUUAAGAUU